GUACGAAAAGAUUACUUACUAAGAUUCGAAGGAAAAAAGCAAACUUUUAAGAAUGGAGAUACUGGUACCAGUCAUUCUCCUGUCGCUAUGGAAACAUGGACACGCACAGUCUUGUCAGGCAACAGCAUACUCUCAGUUCAAUCACAAAAUCCAGGGUCACGUGAUCAAAACCUAUUCUGCGGUGACAUCAAGCCUCCAGUGUACAGAAAAGUGUGAACUGCAUGCAGAUUGCUACAGCAUUAACUACUGCUUCAGUCAAGGGAUCUGUGAGCUGAAUAACGCUAAUCACUUGACUAACCCCGAAAGUCUGGUCUACUCGGCUGGCUGUCAUUACUUGAAUUACAUUUUACGAGCUGUGCCGAGAUGCAGUAACAAACUGUGCUCCUAUCCUCUCGUGUGUAAGGUCGACAAUAACGGGCAUAGCCACAAUUGUGUUCCAUGUGAAGUCUAUUCAGAUGCAAAGGAAGUCAUGUCGUUCCCGAGGAAAAGUGUCGAGGAUAAAGUUGAGCAUGAGCUUCAGGCUGACGUUCGACUGACAGCAUUUACGAUCAGCAUGUGGGUACAAGCAGACCCAAGUACAGAUAAACUUUCACCGUUCUGUUAUGCCACAGUCGGUCAACCAAAUGAAAUCAGUGUUUAUUUAACCAAGGGGUACACGGAACUGAGUAUUGCCAGCACUCUUGAGCAGGGUUACCCUUCAGUGAUUGACGGCAAGUGGCAUCACCUUUGCGCAACAUGGCAAAACUUUGACGGUACGUACAAAUUCUACAUCGAUGGAGUAAAGAAAUUGGGUGUCAAGACGUCCAUGCGCCAAGGCCGCGUUAUUCAAAAGGGAGCGCUGUUGCUUGGACAAGAGCAGGAUAGCUACAAAGGAGGAUUUCAGGCGAGCCAAAGUUUCCAAGGCAACCUUUCAAGUGUCAACAUGUGGAACAAGGUACUAAAUGCCCAGGAGGUUUCAGCCCUUGCCAAAAAAUGUCCCACCGAAGAAGGGAAUUUCAUAAGUUGGUCAACCUUGAAGACCAAGAAGUCGAGUGGUGUGAAGUUGACUUGUUCAAAUCAGUGUGCUUAGGUCGACUUUACAUGUAAUAUUAGGUGCUGAGUGAGAUCGUGAUCAUCCAGCAAGCAUCCCUGAUCUCUCACUUGGCUCUUCAUGAC